AUGCUCACCCUUUCAUCCAUCACCCCGCGCGAUUCCCACGAACUUUGGUUCGGAUCUUCUCAGCCAUAUCGCUCUAUCUCAGAUCAACAAGCUGGCGACAAUUCCGCUGCCAACCACCUCGCCCGACGCAACGCCAGCGGCACUCCCAGCAGUCAUCGCUCAUUAAUGCCGUCCCGCUCUUCUGCCAACACAAUCGCUACAUUAGCUGCAGAAGAACGCUCGCUACGCUCUCGAAAAUUGAACAUCGCGUCGUUCGGAUACUCAUGGAUCAGGCCGGCGGGAUGUGCGAAGACAAUGCUCGGUAUGAAAGAGGAAGAAGCGGAGCGUGAAGAGGCGCUACAAGCUGCUGCGGCUGAGAUGGAAGCUGUAGAAGGUGAAGGAAUUAUGGAUGAUGACAUGGGGAUGCAGACCGGGGAAGUCGAAGAGGACGAAGGCAUGGAACGCGAUUUGGAUGAUGAUAUCCCCAACGCGGAGGAGGAGGCCUCGGGUCUUAUCGAGGAAGGCGAAGAGGGACUCGAGGAAGAUAACAUUGGCGACGAAGGAGAAUACAUGGAGCGCGACUUGGAUGAUGACAUUCCCGAAGGGUUCCCCGAUGAUGACUAUGAGGGCUCAGGCCUGUAUGAUGAUGACGAUGAUGAUGACGAAGAGGAUGAUUUCGACAACCAGCCUGAUCUGGAUGCGGAGAUACCUGCCGCCGACAGUGAGAGUGUGAGCGAAGGCAUGACGCGCGACCUUGACGAUGAUAUCCCUGAUGCUGCAGAGCAAGGCUCGGAGCAAGAAGGGGAAUGGCAGCACACAGACAGCGAAGAAGAGCUGAGUGACGAGGAUGAUGAAAAUGAACCCAGUAUCAUUCAAACCAGAUUUGCCGAGAACUUCCGCACCAGCACGCCAAACAGCCGUGGUGGUUUGCCUCAACCUCCGACUCUGCGCCGCGAGCCCGAGACUGAAGCCCAGCGCCGUUUCCUCAAUCGCUGGAGCGGUGGUGGCGAUGCAUUUGAUUCUAGCAGCAUGCUUUACAGUGAUGAAGACCUGCGUGCAUCCAUAACCAGUCAGGGCAGUCGACGAAGCGGGUUUGCGAGAAGGUUCCCGCGGCACAUCGGUAGGCCCAGGGAUAGUCUAAACUAG